UGAGUCACAAUGAAAGUAAAAGAAACAAAGGGUAAAAAUGAACGUAAAAGAAACAUAAGGGGGUAAUUUGUAAAUCCCCGUCUUGAGGAUAGUUAACUGUUGAAACGUACCUAAUUACGUUGAAAGGUGAAUGGGCGCACUGCGCACCUGGCGUCAGUUAGAAUCACCUGCCGUCUUCCUGUCACCGUUAAUCUCUCGUCACAAUCUUUUGAAGCUUUCAAACCCUAACGGAACCAACAAACUCCUCCUCCAGCGGCGGCGACAUACACGAUACGGCAGCAUCUCCGCCGCUCCUCCUCCUCCUCUCAGCGUCACGGCCGUCAUCUCUCCGAUGGCCGACACUAAUUUCAGUACUGGUGUUGAACGUGAUUCUGUUGAUCGGAGUUUUACGGAAAUCAUUGUUAUACGCCAUGGUGAAACGGAGUGGAAUGCUGAGAAAAGAAUUCAGGGACAUUUAGAUAUUGACCUGAAUGAUGUCGGAAGACAGCAAGCAGUUGCAGUGGCUGAAAGACUAUCAAGAGAGUCUAAAAUUUCUGCCGUAUAUUCAUCUGACCUGAAAAGAGCUCUUGAAACUGCUGAGACAAUUGCAAGUAGAUGUGGAGGGCUUCAGGUAAUUCAAGAUCCCAACCUUAGAGAGAGACAUUUAGGUGAUCUUCAAGGUCUUGUAUACAGUGACGCACCCAAAAUGAAAACCAAGGCAUAUGAAGCUCUUCAGUCUCAUGGAAAUGACGUUGAAAUUCCUGGUGGUGGUGAAAGCCUGAAUCAACUCUAUAAACGUUGUACAAAUUCAUUGCAAGCGAUUGGCAGUAAACACCGAGGGGAGCGGGUUGUGGUGGUCACUCAUGGCGGUGUGAUCAGAGCACUUCACGAGCGGGCUUCUUUAGGUACAGGACGCCGAGCUGGAAGGAUACUGAAUGUUUCAGUCAAUGUAUUACACUUAUCGGAUCCCGACAAAUGGGUCAUCAAAUCAUGGGGGGAUGUCAGUCAUCUGAAUGGAGCCGGGUACUUAGACUCGGGUUUUGGUGGCGAUCGAACUUCCGGUUAGGCUUUUUCGUACAUGUCCAUUUCUUAACUUGCUAGAUGCAUUUAAUAACCAACAUGUCAAGUCUUUGAUGGGCUGAGUUGUUUCUAAUCCCAUUAAUUGGGCAAUAGCGAUUUGGUGGAGAGAUAUUAUGUUUAAAUUGUUGGCCCACAUUGCACAUGGUUGCAAAUGAAGAUAAUCUGGAUUAUUAUUGGACUUUGAAGGGUGUUAGAAUCAAUUAUUAAUGACACAGCUAUAAGUUCACAAUUAA